GCCAGAGCACUAGCCGUGGCUAGCAGAAGCUAACGCCGAAAAACCAAGCCGAUUGCGCAAAAGGAUGUGUGAAGGAUGGACUGAGAAUUGACCUUUGGGAUUACCGCGGAGAGGAAGCAGGAGGGCAUGCGUGUGCAGAGUGUGUGUGCCUGCUGCAACAGCUGCUUGAGGGCACAGGUAACUCAUUAACAGCAGGGAAGGAGCAGAGCAUUCAACGAGUGCCGUAGAAAUGGAAAAAUGAACACCUUGCGUACCUAUAGUAUCCUACUGACUACCUAAAAGUCACCAGGAAACCUCCUCUACACUGUGUGUGUCUCUCUCCAUCACGUACAAGAGAACACACAAGAGCCCAGGACGCUGUGAACAAGGAGACACAGACAACCAGCACGCGCCCGGAUCACAUGCAAACAAUCACCACUUGGCUGGCUCUGCUUAGGUAGCAGUGGCGGCGAGGAGGUGGUAGUCGCUGAGAGCAUUAACACACUGCGAGCUGUAAAUAUGGAGCCUCUGGAGGAAUACCACUCUCCAUUCGACUUUGAACAAGGAGUCAAUUCCAGCUACCUUUACCUCUCCCCAGCCUACGGCGACACACCGCCCAGCUCACCAGCUGUCAAGACCAGAGGUUCCCAGGACUCCCACACUGACUACAUCCCAGAGGUGGGAGAAGAUGCCGUGACGUCUGUCAGUCCCGCUCCAACUCCACCCGCCAUGACGGAGGAAGAGCGUCAGGAGUUGCAAGAGGAACUGGCCAAGGUGGAAGAUGAGAUCCAGACUCUGUCCCAGGUGCUGGCAGCCAAAGAGAAGGAGGUGGCGGACAUAAAGAGGAAGCUGGGCAUCUCACCUCUCAAUGAGCUGAAGCAGAACAUCACCAAAACCUGGCAGGAGGUCACUACCUCCACAGCCUAUAGGAGGACGUCUGAAACUCUGUCUCAGGCGGGUCUGAAGGCCACGGCAGCUUUCUCCAACAUGGGCUCAGCGAUCAGCCGGAAGCUUGAGGAUGUGAGCAUGCACUCAUUACAUCACUCUGCUAGUAUGCCUGUCAUGAGGAAUGCACCGACCUUCAAGUCAUUUGAGGAGAAAGUAGAGACGCUGAAGACCAAGAUCACUCCCAGCAGCUCCACCAGUGACCCUGUCAACCAGGAAGAAGGCAGCACUCUGACCACCGAGUCUUCACUGCCAGAGGACUCACCCACCCAGGAGACGCCGAUGAACUAAUCCCGGGCCGACCCCUCCUUAACCUCUCGACCCCGGGGCCCCCCAGCACUCUCAACCCCCCCUCCCCAAACUCUUGUGUGCCAGUCUCUCUUUAUUGGAAAAAAAAAAAAAAAAAAAGACUUUCCCCAGCCAGCCUUGUGAUCUAAUUGUGUGAUCUUUCCUCCUGACACGUGCGCUCGCUUGUUAACUUGUGUGGAAAGCGUGGGACGGGUGCAGGCAUGUGGUCUUGUGCCCACCGUAUAUAUAUUUCAGAGUCUGUUCAGGCUCUCUGUGGGGGAAACCCUCCCCGCUGUGCGUCUUUCCUUUUCCUCACGCACUCCUUGUCUCCCUUCUUUUGUCUAACCGGCAAAGUUGAGAUGCCAAACAUACUCUAGUUUAUUUUUUUCUUGAUGAAUUUAACACGUUAAUGUUUAUUUGAGAGUAUAUUGCACAAGUAUAGAAAACUCACACUGGAUUGGAGAAGGAUUAACAGCUCUUUUGUAUUUGAACCAUGCACUCGUUGGCUUGUAGCUUCUGCAUGGCCCUAGUUAUAUGUUAGAGUUGGUAUUAUCGCGAACACGUGUUUGUUCCGCCUUCAUUUUGAGGCCGUCGUUGGUUUGCCGCGCGUUACAUUUUCGGGGCCAAUCUGAUUCCUGUUCGCGUCAUUGUUUUAAUUUUAGUUCACCACGCGGUCAUAAAGUGGUCCAACGCUGCGCGGAAAGAGUGAACGUAUGCCUUUUCGUGUCAUGGAGGUACAGCACUUUGUGUCCGCAGCUCAGUACUGUGGGUUAAUUUAUGCAGUGUGUGCCAUGAAUGCAGCCCCCAGACAGCCUGUCAGAAAAUGAUCUCCACGCUCAGAUAGUUGGAGGAAACCAUCCAGGAUCAGCGGAACAGAGACAGAGCAAACAGUGCGUCAAGGUCCGGCCUUGACCCGAGGUGAGAUUGAAAUAAAUGUGUCUCUUCCAGAGCCAGAGUCAAUAUUUAAACACUUGUCCAUUGUUUCGAGGAGGGAGGUAACACCUAGUCUCUCCACACUGGCUCUGUGUAAUAAGAAAAAAAAAAAAGCAUGGGAAGAGAAUACACCGGAGGCUCCAGGGUAAUAAUAUAGUUGAGGAAAUUGAACAUAACUUUGCCUUUUUUUUUUUUCUAACACGUUUUAGGAAGUUGCGCUGAAUGCUUGUGUGGUUCAUCUCGGCAAACUACAGUGUUCUCUGAAAAUGCUGCUUUCACGUGAAAACAUGUUUUUCUUGAUGAACGAUAGAAGGGUUGUACACUGAACGCCGCUCGCGCCACUUUUCUAAUCGACCCAAAAAGUCGCUCAUGGAAUUUAAAUAACAUCUGAAGGACAAACAGCCAAUCUGAUCACUGCCAAGGUUUUCUAUGACACACGAGCUUACCUAAAAUGAUACAGCACCAGGCUGGUACACAUCUUCCCCUGCUGGUGGAUGACAAACAUGAAUGUCGCUGGAUAUUAUUAUUCAUUUCUUUUACAGUAUCUCAUGUCCUCGUGUUACAUUUCAUUGUGGCCAUGACCCACCUGACUCAGAGAAGUCAUCACAGCCUUUUAAGCCAGGAUUAUACUUGUAGUCAUAUCUUCAACACACAAAAAAGAAUUGUACUCUAAUUAAAAUACUUUUGAAGUAA